CCCCUCCAGCUGUCACUGGGAUUAAGAGGAAGAGAGCAAAGAAAUUAACUGACCAGGAAAGACUUGAUAUGAAGAGAGAGAGGAAUAGGAAGAAGAUGAAGAGGUAUAGACAUAUGGUGGGGAGGGGGGUAGGGUCAAAGAGAAACAUCAGAUAAGAGAGGAUGAGAUAGAUUCACUUAAGUCCCAAGUUGAAAUACUUAGGAAAGAAAAUGAAGAGCUUAAAGCGAAGAUUUCUGUUCUCAAUGAAGAAAGAUCGUCUGUUAGUUGUACAAAGCACAGCUUAUUUAAAGGAGGAAAGAAAUCAGCUUUUGAAAAUAUUGAAAGCUCCAAGAAUGAGUCUGUUAUGAGCAGUGGUCGUUGAAAUUCUCAAAAAGAUAGCACAAUGAAACCUUGAGAGAAAUUAUUUAAAAGAGAAUACCGCUUUUGGAAAGAUACUCUUCCAGAGCUUAUUGAUAAGAAUCCUGAUAAAAUCAAUUAUUCUCUGAUCCAUCAGAAUAGAGACAUCGCCGAUGCUAACGGAGCUGCAAGACUAUCAUAUUUGAAGAGCCAGUUUAAGAAUAUAGUCCAGAAUGCGUUACCCUUUGGUGCACUUGCGACUCUCUUUAAUUUCGACUCAUUUGAGUUUUCUGAGUGGUCCAAAUACAAAGAAGAAUGAGAAAAGCCCAACCCAGAUUUUUCAGGAAUCAAAAUUCCUCCUGGGUUUAAAAAUCAAAACAUCUCAAAGGAAGCAGUAGAUUUCCUGAGAAAGCAUGGUAAAGAGCAUGUUGCCAUUCUGCGUGACAUCAGAGUCUUAGUGCGGUCUUUGGUGAAGAUUAGGAACAAGUUGUUAAUCAAGUUCCAAGAGUUCAUUGACUCCUUUGACAAUUCUGAUUACAGGUAUGGAAAAGUAGACCAUGUUGCCUUGAAAAAAAAGUGGGAAGAUUAUAGAGAGAAAGGAAUCGAUCUGUUCAGAAUUAUGAAAAUAAAGAAGAAAGACCCAGAUGCUGAAUACAAAUCUGAAGUAGAGAUGACAGAGUUUGAUGAUGAAGAUUCUCCAUUUGACCUUGAAGAUUAACUCAAGGUUCAUAUAGAUCCUAGAACUAUAGCCAAACUAUUGCUCACGGAUUGGAUGAAAUUUUCUUCAAGUAAAUUCAACAGGGAUAUCUUCUUUACUAAUAUUGAUAGAUUGAGUAAUUCAAUACCUCUGUUU